ACUGGUAGAAAAAUAUGAUUCCGAGGAGAGCUGCUCCUGCGCUUUAGAAAUUUAGACAACAGUUUCACUGCGAUUAAUUUCAGCUGAAAUCUCUGAGCCUCGCUGAGUGUGGUCCCUGUUCAACUAUUUUCCACUCCAUACCGUUCCUCGGUCUUUUUCUGCGCUGGAUCUUCGGUGCCAGAAAAUGUGUGUGGAGAGCGAUGGAUGCGAGAUUGAAGGCUGCAGCAGUUCGGAUGAGGUGCGCACGCUGUCGGGCAGCAUGAGUCCCGGACUGAUAUCCAACCCGGACCUUCACCCCUGCAAACCGGGGCAGAAAUUCCGUGCGGCGCUGCUGAAAUGCCGCUCACCGGCUGCCGCCGCCGGGAUCCUCAGUUUUGGGAACGUCCUCAAUUACAUGGAUAGAUACACUGUAGCCGGCGUUGUGCUUGACAUUCAGCGGAAUUACGAUGUGUCAGACAGCAGAAUCGGCUUGUUGCAAACAGUAUUCAUCUGUAGCUUCAUGGUCGCAGCUCCCAUCUUUGGUUACCUGGGCGACCGCUUCAACAGAAAGGUCAUCCUGAGCUGUGGCAUUUUCUUCUGGUCCACUGUUACUCUGCUGAGCUCCUUCAUCGGUAAAGAGCACUUCUGGCUGUUUGUGCUCUCCAGAGGACUUGUGGGCAUCGGAGAAUCCAGCUACUCCUCCAUCUCCCCCACCAUAAUAGGAGACCUAUUUACGAGUAACAGCCGCACCAUGAUGCUCUCUGUCUUCUACCUGGCCAUCCCCCUGGGAAGCGGGCUGGGUUACAUCCUGGGCUCCAGCGCCAAGGAGGCUGCAGGAGACUGGCACUGGGCACUAAGGGUGUCCCCAAUUUUAGGCAUGACUGCUGCAGCUCUGAUCCUGCUCUUUGUCCCCGACCCAAAGAGAGGCAGCGCCGAUCAGCUGGGAGGACGCAUAAGGACCCGCACCUCCUGGAUAUGUGACAUGAAAGCACUCGCCAAGAAUCGGAGCUACGUGUUCUCCUCCCUGGCAUCAGCAGCAGUCUCCUUUGCCACGGGUGCGUUUGGUAUAUGGAUUCCUGGCUACCUGUUCAGAGCCCGGGUGGUGCAGAAGACAGCAGAGGCUUGCACAAAAGAGAUCUGCAGUAGCACAGACAGCAUGGUCUUUGGGGCGAUCACUUGUGUGACGGGGCUGUUAGGCGUGGUCAUCGGAGCUCUCACCACACGCCUGUGUCGCCAGAAGACGGAACGAGCCGACCCGCUCGUGUGCGCCGUCAGCAUGCUGGGCUCAGCCAUCUUCAUCUGCCUCAUCUUUGUGGUGGCCAAGAAGAGCAUCAUUGGAGCUUAUGUUUGUAUCUUUAUUGGAGAGACGCUGCUUUUCCUGAACUGGGCCAUAACAGCAGACAUCUUAAUGUUUGUUGUCAUUCCCACACGGAGAGCAACAGCCGUCGCCUUUCAGAGCUUCACCUCUCAUCUCCUGGGUGAUGCAGGAAGUCCGUACCUGAUAGGCCUGAUCUCCGACGCCCUUCAGCAGAGCUACACAACAUCAGCACUGUGGCGGUUCCUCAGUUUGGGCUAUGCCCUCAUGCUUUGUCCCUUCAUCAUCGUCCUGGGGGGCAUGUUUUUCCUGGCCACUGCAUUGUAUUUCCUGGAUGACAAAGAUAAGGCCGAGAACCAGUGCAACCAGUCGACCCAGCCCCCCUCUUCAGUCAGGGUAUGACCAGGUGACAAGCAAAUGAGGAGCUACCUGAACGCACAACUGAACUCAAAAAGGAUGAAUAAACGGUGAUAGAAAGCGAGGGCAGCUUCUUUAAAGCCCACGCUCGUGUCCUGCUCCCUGUCAUCACCCCCGUGAUCAUCAUCCUCCUCUUGGCUCCUGCUGCCCUUUGUUUUUACAUUCUCUCCGAGGUGACUUAGAACUGGAAAGAGGGAGCGUCUUGCCCCUCCUUUGAACCGGCUCUAAAUCACAGCGUGGUGAGAAGGUGCUCAGCUGUGUGCUCAAACCAGCCUCCAGUUAGAUGGUGUCCUCGUCACCGCUGUCUGCGAGGAUGCACUGAACCUUUGAGGGAUGAGGUGGGGUGGCAAAAUCUUCCCUAACCCCUCCUGCCUCCUGAUGCUAUACUACUGAAUGCUGACCGUGAACCUGCCCUGUCUGCCUGCCUGCCUGUCUCUUAUCAGCCGUCACUCCGCAACAAGUGCCAUAGCAUCAUUACAUUCCUUCAGAUUUGCACUGACCACCAACAGUCCCCAUGAAUUCAUCACUAGCUAUGUUUCCAUGCACACUAUCGUUUGCAUUUGAUUAAUCCAUGCAUCUUCUGCUAAAAACCAGAUGCAGUAUCAUUUGUUAAGUGCAGCCAUAAAGCUUCAUCAGUGUCUCUGUAGCUUCCCUGCACACUCUCCGCAUCUCACUCUGCUCUGGCUUUCUGUGCUCGGAGCCUGUAAACAGACAAAUCUGUAAAACUGAAGACGCCAGGAGCGAGUGAUGCAACAGCAGUGAAAUGUGCAGCCGUGCAGGUGUUGUUUAUCUGUGCAAAGAAGCCUCCGAUAAUGUGACUGUCACAUUAGUCACCACAACCUAACUGCAGUAAUAAGAUAAAAACUUCAAAUUCAGUGUUUACACUAUAAAUCCAAUAUUCCCACAAUGACAGUUUUCCUGUGCAUGUAAACAUAGCAUUCAACCUAGAGCCAAAAAAAAAUGGUGUCACUUUCGAUCGGUCAGUUGAACAAGCCUUAAGUACUGGAGCUUUCACAUCUACAGAUGUUCUCUUUGAGCCCCGUGUGUGUUUUCACGUUUAGCUUUUAGCACUUCGGUGAGUGCGGGCGACGGCCCGAGAACACGGCAGAUUUCUGCACGUUAUUUUAGGAUUCUUGUGAUUUUUCAAUUCUGUGUUUUCUGUGUAUGUUGGAUCUGAAACUGGAGGAUUCUGCCUGUGAUUGUUUCAUAAUAAUGAUCUGGGCAAUUUUAAAGUGGACACUGGAUAUGUAUAGUUUCUAUAAUUUAUAUUUAUAAUUUAUUAUAUUCAUGCUUUUUCCAAAAGUAAAUGAUAUGCUACUCUUUUGACUGUGUUUUUAUGUACAUGAGAAGCAAUACAAAAAAAUUUAGAAGAAACCAACCUUUUUUUUUUUUUUUUAAUUCACACUGCCUUAUCAGUGAGCUGGGUUUCCCUUUAAAGAGGUCGCUCUCUGAUGGUUGGUUUUGAAUUUCUGGACACAUCACCCACACA